AUGUUUAAGAAAGUAUUCAAUAAACGUCCGCAGGAUGCCUACGCGGACGCCGAUGUUCCUAGAGAGUCAGUCUCUACGCAUGGCGAAAAAGGACCCGGUGAUGUCGUUGACACGCCCAUCCCGCUGCUGACAUGGCGCUCAUUUGUUAUGGGCAUCUUGGUCUCGAUGGGAGGUUUCUUGUUCGGUUAUGAUACUGGUCAGAUCUCUGGUUUCCUUGAGAUGCCCAACUUCCUGCAGCGGUAUGGUCAACUGCAAUCUGAUGGCACCUACAAAUUCAGUAACGUGCGCUCGGGUCUGAUUGUUGCUUUGUUGUCCAUCGGUACGCUGAUAGGAGCUUUGAUUGCUGCCCCAAUUGCCGAUCGUGUGGGACGGAAAUGGUGUAUCAGUGGCUGGGCCUUAAUGGUGUGCGUUGGAAUCACCGUUCAAAUUAGCUCGCCAGACGGAAAGUGGUACCAGGUCGCCGUCGGCCGUUUGAUCGCCGGACUUGGUGUUGGUGCUAUUUCUCUGCUCGUGCCAAUGUACCAGGCCGAGUCAGGACCGCGUCAUAUUCGAGGAUCCCUUAUUAGUACCUACCAGCUGUUCAUCACUCUCGGAAUCUUUGUUGCGAACUGCAUCAAUUUCGGAACCGAAGCCAAUACAGACACUAGCUCAUGGCGCAUUCCCAUGGGAAUCACAUACCUCUGGGCCGGGAUUCUUGGUAUUGGCAUGGUCUUCUUCCCCGAAAGUCCACGUUACGAUUACCGCCACGGCAAGGUCGAGAAGUCAAUCAACACCCUUUCUAAGAUCUAUGGCAUCCCUCCAAACCACCGUGCCCUCCGUCUCGAGUUUGAUGAGAUCAAACAAAAGUACGAGGAAGAGCAGCGUAUGGGAAAAGCCGGCUGGAUACAAUUAUUCCGUGCUCCAACCAUGCCAUACCGGGUGGCUGUCGGUGUUGCCUUGCAAGCUCUGCAGCAGCUAACAGGUGCCAACUACUUCUUCUACUAUGGAACAACUAUCUUCCAAGGUGCCGGUAUCCAAAACAGUUACGUGACUCAGAUGAUCCUAGGUGGUGUUAACUUUGGAACCACCUUCCUUGGUCUCUACCUCAUUGAGCACUAUGGUCGUCGUCGCUCUCUAAUUGCUGGAGCCCUAUGGAUGUUUAUUUGCUUCAUGAUUUUCGCGUCAGUGGGCCACUUCUCACUCGAUCGCGAGAAUCCAGAAGCAACCAAAACCCCUGGUGUGGUAAUGGUAGUUUUCGCCUGUCUCUUUAUUCUGGGGUUCGCAAGUACAUGGGGACCAAUGGUAUGGACUAUUAUCGCCGAGCUUUAUCCCUCCCAAUACCGCGCGAAAGCCAUGUCACUCGCAACCGCGUCAAACUGGCUCUGGAACUUCCUCCUUGCAUUCUUCACCCCGUUUAUCACUGGUGCUAUCGACUUCCGCUUUGGAUACGUCUUCGCAGGCUGUCUGUUCCUCGCUGCGGGCUUAGUGUAUGUUGCCGUCAUCGAGGGACAGGGCCGGACUUUGGAGGAGAUUGAUACAAUGUAUCUCAUGAAGGUCAAGCCGUGGAAGAGUUCCAAGUUCCAAUUCCCUGCCGAUGCAAACAUUAUUCGUGGUUCGUUUGACAAGGGAGGUGAUCAGCCAGCGUCGGCUCAUAUUGCUGAUCCGACUACUGAGUUGCGCGAGGAUGGCUCAACAGUGCCGGAGACUGCACCAGAGACUGCACCCGAGACUCGUGCCUAA